CGUCAUGUUCAAGAAACGAAACUUAAGGAUCAUAGAAACCAAAGCCAUCCAACGCGGAAGCAGUUCUCUCUUUCAGGAGGAAAGAAGCAUUUUGGAAAACAUCGUCUGACACAGAAACCACAACAAGGAUGGCCUCUGCUAACACUUCCUGGUCUGAAGAGAACUUUUCCUGUCCCAUCUGUCUGGAUGUGUUCAGCAGCCCAGUUUCCACACCGUGUGGACACAACUUCUGCAGAACCUGCAUUAAUAAAUUCUGGGAUGAACAAGUCCAGUGCAAAUGUCCUAUUUGUAACAAGAUUUUCGACACUAGACCUGAUCCACAGGUCAAUAUCUUUGUAUCAGAGAUGGCUGAUCUGUUUAGAACGACCGUACGAGUAAAGGAGCAGCCUUGUUUUGAACCAGGAGAAGUUCCCUGUGACGUCUGCACUGGGACCCAGCUGAAGGCUGUGAAGUCCUGCCUAAUGUGUUUUAUGUCUUACUGCCAAACCCACCUGGAUCCACAUCAGAGAGUCGCAGGCCUGAAAAAACAUCGGCUGGUCGAGCCUAUGGACCGUCUGGAAGACAGGAUGUGUAAGAAACACGACCGACUUCUGGAGCUCUUCUGCCAGACUGAACAGGAGUGUGUGUGUCAGUUCUGCACAGAGGGUGACCACAGGUCCCAUCCUGUUGUACCUCUAAAGGAGGAAUAUGAAGUGAAGACGGCCCUGCUGGGGAAGAUAGAGGCUGAAGUUCAGCAGAUGAUCCAGGAGAGAAAACUAAAGAUUAAGGAGAUCAAAGACACAGUAGAAUUUAACAACAAAAUCGCAGACGGAGUGAUAGCCGAUGGUGGGCAGGUCUUCACUGCUUUGAUGCGUCGCGUUGAAAAGUGCAGAGAUGAUUUCAACCAAACAGUUAAAGAGAGACUGAAAACCACAGAGAAACAAGCUGAAGACCUCAUCAAAGAGCUGGAGCAGGAAAUAGAAGAUCUGACCAAUAGAAGCUCAGAGGUGAAGCCACUCUCACACACUGAAGACCACCUCCACUUCCUCCAGGCCUUCAGAUCCCUGAAGGAUCCUCCACCCACCAGGGACUGGACCACGGUGGAGGUCCGUCCUCCUUCAUACGUAGGGACCUUGAGGAGAUCCCUGGAUCAGCUGGAGGAGACGCUGAACAUGGAGAUGAAGAAGCUGCGUGAUGCUGAACUGAAGAGGGUCCAGCAGUAUGAAGUGGAUGUGACUCUGGAUCCUGAUACAGCUCAUCACAGACUCAUCCUGUCUGAGGAUGGGAAACAAGUACAUGAUGGAGAUGAAGAGGAGGAACUCCCAGACAACCCUAAGAGAUUUACAGGGUAUAGAUGUGUUCUCACGAGGCAGAGCUUCUCCUCAGGGAGAUUUUACUUUGAGGUGCAGGUUAAAGACAACACUGAAUGGGGUUUAGGAGUGGCCAGAGAGUCCAUCGACAGAAGAAGUUGGAUAGGGUGGACCCCUAAGACGGGUUACUGGACUCUUUACUAAAACAAGGAUGGGUUAGUAUUUAGAGAUGACCCUUCUGUCCGUCUCCCUCUGAGAGCUGGGCACCAGAAGGUGGGGGUGUUUGUUGAUUAUGAUGAGGGUCUGGUCUCCUUCUAUGAUGUGGAAGCCAGGGUUCAUAUCUACUCUGCUACGGGCUGCGCCUUCACUGAGCCUCUCUAUCCAUUCCUCUGCCCAGGCCGCCAUGAUUAUGGAGGUAACAACUCUGCCCCCCUGAUCAUCUCACCUGUCAAUCAAACAGACUAGGACUUUUGUUUGAUAAUAAAAUAAACAAACAACCAAAAUAACUAAUAUUGUUUCCUGAAUGGGAAUCUCUACCAUGGGAGAUCUGAGAGAACUGCAUUCAUAUCGUACUAUUCACUGUUAAUUAACAAAAGGUAACAAAAUGCAACUUACACUGUGUACUAUAAAAAAACAUGAAUCAUUAUAACUGAUUAGACUACUCUUUAAUGUUCAAUGACUUCUUUCUGAUCGUUUCAAAAGUUCAAAGUGUAAAAUGUUAUUUUUAUUAUUAUUAUUAUUUUGAUAGGGUUAUGGUUAAGGGUUAACCCUAACAAUUAGUGACAAGAAAGACAAGUCCUCUUGGAGGGUGACCGUGAGAUAGUCUCCCAUUACCACUACGGUGCGUUUUAAAUACUGUAGUUGUGCUCGGUGAGAAAUAAAAUAAUUAUAACUUUUUGGUGAAUCGAAAAGCGCCUUAAACUGUGUACAUAACCAUGUUGGCCCUUUAAUGUUCUCAUUCGCGUCUGGGUUAAGGAGCGACAACAACACACUACGACGUCCCUAAUAUUCUUCUUAGUUUACAUGUGAACAUCUGUACCGAAUACAAUACUAAACAAUUCAAAAACAAUAAACUACGAAAUGACAAAGUCUUACCGUCUCUGAUG